CCCAGCUCCGCCUCUUGAUCCGAACCGUCCACAUGUCGUCCAUCCCAGAGUCCAAAGUCGAUGUCCUCAUUCUCGGUGCCGGCCCCGCAGGCGUGAUGUGCGCGAAUGGCCUCGCGAAGGCAGGUGUCAACGUGAGGAUCAUUGAUAAACGACCCAGUACACUUGCUGCGGGACAAGCGGAUGGUAUUCAACCGCGCACCAUCGAGGUCUUGCAGAGCUAUGGGCUUGCCGACGCCCUCAUAAGUCAAGCAGCCCAGCUGCACAUGGCAGCCUUCUAUAAUCCUGCCCCCAAUGGGGGAAUCGAGUGCACGGGUCGUGCGCCCGAUGUGACCGCGCCUACAGCUAGAUUCCCGUUCGAGCUCACAUUGCACCAAGGCGCGAUCGAGAAAGUCUUCCUAGAUUCUAUGCGUCAAGAAGGGCUGGAGGUCGAGCGACCUAAAAUUCCUACGUCUCUGGAAAUCUCAACAGACGAAGCGGCGCUCAGCGAUCCCCACGCGUAUGCUGUCAAGGUCGUCCUGAAAAGCUUAGAUGUCGCUGAUGGUGCAGAUGACACCGAAAUCGUACAUGCCAAAUACGUCCUAGGUUCAGACGGUGCUCAUUCGUGGGUCCGUAAGACAUUGGGGAUCAACAUGGACGGCGAGCAGACGGAGUAUAUUUGGGGCGUUAUCGACAUGGUCCCGUCACCCGAAACGAACUUUCCAGAUUAUCGAAACAGAUGCGCGAUCCACAGUGAAAACGGCUCCUGCAUGAUCAUCCCGCGCGAAGGCGACAAGAUUCGUCUCUAUCUUCAGUUGACCAAUGCCGAUGUGGUCGACCCUGCCACCGGACGUGUAGACAUGAACAGGUUCGGUCCUGAUAAGCUUUUGGAGGUGGCGAAGAAGUCGUUCUAUCCCUACAUCAUGACCACAACGCUGGAAAAGAUUGAUUGGUGGACGAUCUAUAUCAUCGGGCAACGUGUUGCGUCCAAGUUCUCUGUGAAUGAGAGAGUGUUCAUCGCCGGUGAUGCUUGUCAUACACAUUCGCCGAAAGCUGGCCAAGGGAUGAACGCGAGCAUGAACGAUACUCACAACUUGAUCUGGAAAUUGACUCAUGUUUUGCGGGGCUGGGCCGAUCUGUCCCUCCUAAAGACUUACGAGUUCGAGCGAAGGAAAUACGCACAAGACCUCAUAGCCUUCGACAAGAAGUUCUCCGCACUUUUCUCCGGAAAGCCGAAGUCGGAAGAAUACGCUGACGGUGUGACACACGAGGAAUUCUUGCAGGCCUUCCAAGCGUUCGGAGCCUUCACGUCUGGAAUCGGCAUCCACUACGCACAAUCGGCCCUGACGUCCACGACCCACCAAGCUGCUGCCUCGAACUUGAUCAUCGGGCAACGCAUCCUUCCGCAAGUCGUGCUGCGCAUGGCGGACCGGCGGGCUAUCGACAUUCAGGACGUCUGCCCCGCCGACACGCGCUUCAAGGUGCUCGUGUUCACCGGCGACCUCCGCGAUCCCGCACAACGUGCGCGCGUUGAGAAGUUCGCCGCAGAGCUCGGGAGGAAGGACGGGUUCUUCAGGGCGAUCGGUGAGACGAAAGCAGAAAGCAUCUAUGAUGUGCUGUCAAUCUUGAAGGGCAAGAAAGAGGAAGGCAGCCAUUUCGAUGUGCCGGAGAUCCUGAGAGUCCUUCUGGACGAUACUGAUGUCACGAACAAGAAAGGCGGCAAAGUGUAUGAAACGUAUGGUGUCGGUCCAGAGGGAGCAGUCGUCGUCGUUCGUCCAGACGGAUAUGUGGGCACCGUCGCACCUUUGGAUCAGGUCAAGACCCUUGAUGGGUAUUUCGCUGAGUUUAUGAGGUCAAAUUGA